CAUAGUAUAAGGUGAGGUAAUAUAUGUUUAAAAAAAUCAUAAGAUAGGAAAUAACUAAUAAGCCCUUGGAAAAGUAAUAUUCACAUUCCUUAGAUAACAAGUGGAUAGUGAAAGUUCUUGGACAGAACAUCAUAUUACCUCAAUUACUCCAAGCUCAGAACCAUUUGCUUUAUCACAGUUAUGGUGGCCAUGGAAGCAUAUUUCUUCUUCAUUCUGCAUAUUUUCUUUCUAGGGCUAGUUAGUCCAGAGAUCAGCUUCACAUACCAUGGAUUCCAGCAUGCAAACUUGACGCUAGAUGGAGCGGCAUUCAUGAGCACCACUUUUGUGUUCUCCAUCAACCCAAAGUACACUGAUCUCGGAGGGCAUGGCCUUGCCUUUGUUCUUCAGUCGAGCAAACACCCGCUGGCUUGUCUUGCUAACCAAUACUUGGGUCUCCCGAAUGAUACGAGUGUUUCAGAGUUCAAUGAAGAUUUCCUGGCAGUUGAGUUUGAUGUAGUCCAGAAUCUCGACCUCAAGGACAUUAAUGACAAUCAUGUAGGAAUAGACAUAUCCAGUCUCAUUUCUAACAUUUCUGAGCCAGCCGCAUAUUAUGUGGAUACCAACAGAACCAAGAACGUUUCCAUCAAUCUAAAAGGGGGAGAUCCAGUUCAAGCAUGGAUAGAUUACAGUAGCCGAGGGAUGGUGCUUAACAUCACUUUAUCUCCACUUGGAAUCUCGAGGCCAGAUCAACCUCUGAUAUCUCUCCCAAUCGACCUCUCGGGAGUUCUUGAUGAUUACAUGUACGUAGGCUUCUCUGCUUCCACGGGGUUACUCGCUGCUGCUCAUAAUGUAAUGGGGUGGAGUUUCAGGGUUGGAGGGAAAGCAAAAGAUUUAGAUCUCUCUAAGCUUCCCUCUCUUGUGAAACCCAAGAAGGUAGUGAAGAAGAGAGGAUUUGUGGUUGGUUUAACGUUCGCCAGUGUGGCAGUGGUUUUCCUGCUCAUCGGUGCUGCUCUUCAUUUCCUGCACAAAUUUACAGAUGAAGAUGAGAUCCUUGAAGACUGGGAAAUCGGGUGCAGCACCCAUAGAUUCAAAUACUCAGAGCUCUCCACCGCUACUAGGGGGUUUGGAGAGGGAAACCUUGUAGGAAAAGGAGGAUUCGGGAAAGUCUACAGGGGAGUUAUCCCUAGCACAGGGCUAGAAGUGGCAAUCAAGAGAGUUGCCCAAGGGUCAUGUCAGGGAAUGCAAGAAUUUAUAGCAGAAAUAACAAGCUUGGGAAGGCUAAGGCAUAGAAACCUGGUCCAAUUAUGCGGGUGGUGCAGGAGACGAGAUGAGCUCCUCAUAAUUUACGAGUACAUACCUAAUGGAAGCCUGGACAAGUUGCUCUACGACAAUCCUCAGCAGAAAAAGAAGAUGCUCACUUGGGGGCAGAGGUACAAGAUCCUUACGGGUGUGGCACAGGCAUUGUUAUACCUGCACGAAGAAUGUCAGCAGAUAGUAGUUCACAGAGACGUGAAGCCAAGCAAUGUUCUAAUAGAUGCAGAUCUCAAUGCAAAGCUUGGUGAUUUCGGGCUAGCAAGGAUUUACGAACAUGGAAUCCAACCCAAGACUACACACAUUGUGGGAACGCUGGGUUACCUGGCUCCUGAAUUCACGAGAACUGGUAAAGCUACAAGAAGCACAGAUACAUACGGCUUUGGAGUGCUUUUGCUCGAGGUAGCAAGUGGCAGACGACCUAUCGAGCCUCUGAAGACUGCCCAAGAACUCGUGUUGGUAGACUGGGUAAAGGAAUUACAUUCACAGGGGAAGAUAGUUCAAGCAGUCGAUCCCACCCUCGAUGUGUACAAUCUCCAUGAAGCAGAGCUUGUCCUUAAACUUGGACUGAUAUGCACCCAUCUCAUUCCAGAAUACAGACCAACCAUGAGAAGGGUAGUGCAAGUUCUGUCUGGUGAUGCCAGUCUUCCCAACUUUCAUCCCGAUUUCCACACAGCUAGGGCUACAGCAGACUACUCUUACAUAUAUCAUGACGACUCUGAUCCUUUCUCGGGCAAGGCCACUUCCUCCAAGGGCACUAGCUUCUCGAGCUUUGACAAUAAGAUUUCUCCUAAACAUGCUUCAAGGAUUACUUUCUGAAUCUGUGAACACACCUGAAAGCAGAAAACUAAAAUAGUGCAUUUGAUGGUAGCUGGUAAGAGUGCAAAUUGUUAAUCUUCCUCUGUAUGAUUAACUCAAAGCACAUGAAAAGUUAGUGCAUGAGAGUAUAGCAAUGUCAAAGGAUUCUAUGAAUCAAUGUAAUCGUUAUGGCAUAACAAUCUCAAAGAUGUAUGAAUCAUUAACUGACAUGCACUUUCACUCUUU